UUAAUGGCGUACACACUCACAUUUUCAUUCAUUUCGCUCAUGCAAUGUCAUUGACUGGCCUAGCAUGUUGGCUAACUACUAGUAGCAUGUCAGCGUUGCUUAUUCCGGCGUUAUUGGUACAGUAAUUCCAUGUAGAUAGCCAGUUAUAGGUUCAACGAAGUCUAUAACUAGGGCAAUCAGAUUAUGUCAGUAUUAAUCCGAUUUGUAGAGGUAGCGAGACAGGCUAUUAGUAGUACGAGACGAGCACAUCAGCUUCUAUGCUAGCUAGCCAGAUAGCUAACGAGGCUUGAGGACUUUCUUUCGGAGCUGUCAAAGAGCAGGUCAUGUCGGGUGACAGUAAAGAUCGCAUUAUCUUCGUUACCAAGGAAGACCAUGAAGCGCCCAGCAACGCUGAGCUCAUUGCAGAUGACCCCAAUGACCCCUACGAAGAUCAGGGCCUGAUCCUGCCCAGUGGGGAGAUCAACUGGAACUGUCCAUGCCUGGGAGGGAUGGCUAGUGGGCCCUGUGGGACACAGUUCAAGGAGGCCUUCUCCUGCUUCCACUACAGCAAUGAAGAAGUGAAGGGUUCAGAGUGUAUCGACAACUUUCGUGCUAUGCAGGAGUGUAUGCAGAAGUACCCCGAGCUCUACCCCCAGGAGGACGAGAACGAGGGAGCUGAUGCUGCUGCCCCUUCCCUCGUUGAUUCUACUGCCUCUGUGCCCACCGAGGACUCUUCCCCAGCCUCAGUGCCCUCUAGUAACUCUACCCCGUCCCCACCGACACCUGAAUCUGCCCCGUCAUCUGACAAUACACCAUCCACAGACAGCCAGGCUGCCAGCUAAAAUCACCCAGCAUCCCCCAGUCUCUCUCUUAAACCACUGCUGAGCACAGGCCACUUUCAUGGGAGAUCAGCUGUGUGUUCACUGGUGCCUCAGACUUUAUCUCUUGGUUCAAUGUUCAUCACCAAGGAUUAUGACUUUAAAGGGGGCCUAGUACUGCAAAGGAGUUAUGUCUCUUCCAGGGAAUAUCAGUUAAGGCUGUGAGAGGACAAUACAAAAUACAUUUCAUAGGCUUUAUUGUAGUGGCUGUUGAGCUGAGGUUCCUACAGUGCCAAGUUUGUAGGGGGGGGGGUGUUUUCUGCAGGGGACUUUAGUUAAGACUCGCAACCAACAUUUUUCUGCUUUUCAAGCUUCAAAUCAGAUGUGUUGUGCCAUUCUACGUUAAUGCUACACUGGAGGUGUGUAACCUACUGUCAAUGUUACUGCUAGUUUGUGAUUACUUGACUUCAUGUUUGCGCUUGCAGGAUCAUUGUAAGCAAUUGAGCUAGUAUUAAAGCUUGAUUACUCUUGUUCUCAGUUGCUGGUCAAA